AUUAUCACUAGUGCCAGACUUUACUAGUAGUUCGUAAGGUCAGAGCUGUGCAUUAACGUGCGUUCUUUUUUCAAAACGAGUUGCUACGAAUAAAGCUCAAUUGUCGUUUCGUAGCUGGGGAGCUACUAAUUUCGUUAUUAAAAUAGCGAGCGGUCGAAAGGAGAGUGAGUGCGCCCGGCGAUACGUAGGUUUGCAACUUUAGACGGGGCAUGAUUUAAAAAGGAUUAAAAAAGAACGAAGCACGUACGCGAAUUAUAAGGAAGUGCCAAGGGCUAACAGGUAGCCUCGCACACUUUGCGAAUUCGGCGGUACGCAUAUUGCAUAUUGCUACUGCAAAGAUUUGUUCAUUAGAAAUAUAUGUGAGCGUAUUUAUUCGCUCGCUAGUGCGUUUUUGCAGCGUGUAGAUUUCAAUUUGCUCCGUCGAGAGAGGAGAAAAAACUUCAGUUCUCUUUGUAUCCCCUCCAAACAGCAGCUCAAACAUGGAUUACGAUUAUUUGCUAAAGUUCCUCGCACUCGGCAAUUCAGGUGUUGGAAAAACAAGCUUCCUGUAUCAGUAUACCGAUGGCACGUUUAAUCCUCGUUUUCAUUCUACGGUUGGCAUUGACUUUAAGGAAAAGCGAAUUGUAUAUGAGUCAGCCAAUGGACAGAGUCAAAGAGUGCAUUUACAACUUUGGGAUACAGCUGGGCAAGAAAGGUUCCGAAGUUUAACCACAGCAUUUUACCGAGAAUCGAUGGGCUUUUUUCUGCUAUUCGACUUGACAAAUGAACAGUCCUUUCUUGCAAUAAGAAAUUGGUUGGAUGAACUUAGGAUGCAUGCCUAUUGCGAGGAGCCCGACAUAAUUCUUUGCGGUAACAAAUCGGAUCUCGAGGACAGACGCAUAAUUAGCGAGCAGAAGGCUCGAGAGUUGGCGGAAAAGUACAAUUUGGUGUAUUUGGAGACCAGUGCAUCUACCGGGCAGAAUGUAGAACGCGCCGUUGACAUUUUGCUCGAUCGUGUGAUGAGGAGAAUAGACACGACCGUGGAUAGAUCGAUUCUUCCCCAUCAAAAGCUCUUGAGGUGUCACGAACUUGAAGCUCCAACUAAGAAGAAAAGAUUUUGCUUUUGCUGAACAUUUGCUGUCUUCCGUCUUUUUACGCUUACUGAACU